GAUCAAGCCCUCUGGCGACGUUCGGUGCAACUGUUUGGCUUCUGUCAAAACGUAAGACAUUCAACUUCUUUAAAAUUACAUAAGCUGUGUGUAUUUCACGUCCUUCAUUCAUUUGUUUUCAUAAUGGUUCUCAAGUUGGCAUUCAAGGUCGUGAUUGCAUCGACAGCUAUUUAUUGGACCAAUCAAUUGGAAAUAUGGUCACAAUUAAGCCGAAAAGAACGUGCAUAUGAUCAGUUGCUUGCUUGCGCAAAAGCAUACAUUGCGAAAAAUACGCCCGAUUCACUUAAAUUGAAGGUGCAAAAAGUUCAAGAUGACAAACUAAUGCUCUGCGCAACAACGAACCACUAUUACAAUCAAGGUGUAAUUAGUACGUUUGAGGCUCUGACAAAUUUACCAAAAACGGUUGGCAGUUUAUAUGAUGAAGCGCUUAAACAAUUGAAUACCGUACAAACACCAGAAGCAAAACUAGCGAAAUAAUUCAAGCAUAGAGUUAGUUGUUUAUGUUGAUUUCCCAAGAACAAUGCUUUCAAAUUGUAAAUUCAUUUGCGUUUAAUUUGUAAAUAUCGUGUGAUUUUAUUUUAAAUUGUAUCAAAUGCUGGACUUUGCCAUGAAUCAGUGGUUUUCAAUUGGUGAUCCGAGAUCCUUCUAAAAAUAAUUUAAGAAUUAAAAUUUAACGAAAAAGAAAUAAAAGUUGCAUUCAGGACAGUU